AUAAAAUGUAGUGUAAUCUAAAUGUUUUCGUAAUCUAUCCCGUUUUGUUUCCUUCUUUAUUUUUUCAGGAAUACGGAAGUACGAUGUUACGAUAGAUAGCUAUCUUUGAAACUGAAUUGUUUGCAUUUUUGUAAUCGUUAAUAAUGUUUAUGUCCUCAAAAAUUGUGAAAGUUUUUGGUCCGCGAACGUUGAAUGUUUUAAGAAGGGCUAGAAAUGUCCACACAACUUCUAGAACUGAGUCUCUGACCUCAAUUAAUUUUACAUCAGAACACGAUGAAUUGCGAAAAACUAUCAACAAGAUUAUUGAAAAGGAUAUAAAUCCUUUUGUUGAUCAGUGGGAAAAAGAAAAUACGUAUCCUGCUAAAGAUGUUUUUAAGAAGCUUGGAAAUGCUGGUCUACUUGGAAUAACUAGGCCAACUGAAUAUGGAGGUUUAGGAUUAGAUUAUUCAUUCACAUUAGCCUUUUUUGAAGAACUGAGUAAUAUAAAUUGUGCUGGUGUACCUAUGAGCAUUGCUGUUCAUACAGAUAUGUCCACGCCUGCUUUAGCAAGGUUUGGAAGUGAAGAAUUAAAAGAAGAAUUUUUAAAACCAUCUAUAGCUGGGGACAGAGUGUCAUGUGUUGGUAUCAGUGAAGCUCACUGCGGGUCUGAUGUUGCUAGCAUCACAACAAAGGCUGUGAGAAAAGGCGAUGAUUUGAUUAUUAACGGAGGGAAAAUGUGGAUAACAAAUGGAACGCAAGCUGAUUGGAUGUGUAUGCUUGCUAAUACAAGUGACGGAAAACCACAUAAGAACAAAUCUCUUAUUUGUGUGCCUUUAAAUUUGCCAGGUAUAACAGUUAAUCCUAUUCAUAAACUUGGAACCUGUAGUUCAGAUACUGGACAGUUUUUCUUUGAAGAUGUUCGAGUGCCAGCAAAGAAUAUCAUUGGUGAAGAAGGAAUGGGAUUUAUAUAUCAAAUGUUGCAGUUUCAGGAUGAAAGAAUGGCUGCAAUUAUUGGAGUUCCCACAAGAUUAUCAAGUCUCAUUGAAGAAACAAUAGCAUAUUGUCGAGAUAGAAAAGCAUUUGGUCAGUCAAUUAUAGACUUCCAAGUAAUACAUUAUACACUGGCCGAAUUACAGACAGAAAUUGAAGCUCUUAGAUCUUUAAUUUACAGAGCAGCUGCGGCCAUGAUGGAAGGUGAGGAUGUUACUCUGCUUGCUUCAAUGGCUAAAUUGAAAGCAGGUCGUCUGUCUCGUGAAGUAACCGAUAAGUGUCUUCAGUUCUGGGGAGGCAUGGGAUACACAUCGGAUGUCCGAAUCAGCAGAGCUUUCCGUGAUGCCAGACUCAUAUCGAUCGCUGGCGGAAGUGAUGAAAUAAUGCUUGGAAUCAUUUCCAAAUUCAUGGGAAUACUGCCAAAAGCAAAGUAGCUUCAGUUUGCUCCACAAAUUUCAAAAACAAUUUUGUGCAAUAAAUGUAUGCUGAAUCAAAGCAAAAAAUUUUUUGUAAAAGUUAAAUAUAUGAAUAUUUUUUUACUAAUUAAUUCUAAAAACACAUAUAUGAAAUGUAUAUACAUAUGCUGUAAAAUAAACUAUUUUCUAUGCUUUAA